AUGGCUGUUAACAUAUCGAUUAAAUUCGUUGGUUUUCUCGCUGUUUCUUUGAUUGUUUCUUUCUUUCUUUCUUUCUUUUUCUUUGUUUCUUUGCUUUUUUGUUCUUUCGUUGUUUGUUUAUCUGCUUGUUUCUUUCUUUCUUUUUUCUUUCUUUCUUGUUUGUUUCUUUUUCUUUAUUUUUCCUUUUUCUUUUUUCUUUCUUUAGUUCGUCUUUUUUCUUUCUUUUUUCUAUGUUUAUUUCUUUUUUCUUUGUUUUUUCUUUCGUUGUUUGUGUCUUUCUUUGUUUCUUUCUUUGUUUCUUUUUUGUUCAUUUCUUUUUCUUUCUUUUUUCUUUCUUUCUUUCUUUCGUUCUUUCUUUUUUCUUUGUUUUUCUUUCUUUCUCUGUUUCUUUCUUUUUCUUUUGUUUUUUCUUUCGUUUUUGCUUCUUUGAAGGCGGCCAUAUUUAUUCGGUUGAAACAGCUUCGUGCGAGCCUUUCAUGGCUCGUCGGAGAGUAUCUCCCUAAUAGUGGCGUCGAGCUGGCCAGACGCUUCCGGGCGAUUUUUCUGCUCCUAUUCCGUAGUCUUAUUCUAUUUUCCUACAUUUCUUCUUCUUCUUCUUCUUCUUCUUCUUAUUCUUCUUUUCUUUUCUUCUUCUCCUCCUUUCCUUUUCCUAUUUUCUUUUUCAACGUAUGCACCAGUGACACUAUGGCAACAGCUACCGCUUCUUUCGUUAUCUUUCGCAGCACCUCCUCCUCCUUCUUCUUCUUCUUCUUCCCCUGUUUUUUCUCCUUCUGUGUCACUAAGUUUAUUUUUUAUUCUCUACUACUUUUUCUUCUACCUCCAUUUUUCUUCUCUUCUUUCUUAUUCUCGUUUUUCUUUUUCUUCUUCCUCCUUUUCUUCCUUCUCUUCCUCCUACUCUUCUGUUGUUCUUCUCUUUCUCUUUAUUCCCAUUUUUUUUUUUCUUUUCUUCCUCCUCACCUUUCUUUUUUCUUCUCUUCCUCUUUAUUCUCUUUUGUUCUUUCUCCUUCUUUUCUUCCUUUUCUUCCACCUCCUCUUCCAUUUUUCUUCUCUUCUUUCUUAUUCUCGUUUUUCUUUUUCUUCUUCCUCCUUUUCUUCCUUCUCUUCCUCCUCCUCUUCUAUAAAAUAUCUAUCUAUCUAUCUAUCUAUCUAUCUAUCUAUCUAUCUAUCUAUCUAAGGCUGUUCAUCUAUCUAUCUAUCGAUCUAAGCCUGUUUCAUAUCUAUCUAUCUAUCUAUCUAUCUAUCUAUCUAUCUAUCUAA